AUGAGUGAAUUAUCGAAGGUCAAAUUGGUUUCAGGUGACAGGAAAAAAACUCAAAAUGGAAAAGGACACGUAGUUAAAAAAAUCUACCGAAAGGUCGCAGAAAAACAAACGGAUGAUAUUGGAAAACUGUCGGUGAACGUUGGAACCAACCACGCAAUAAAUGUGGUCACGGAAGCAAAACCCAAAAUACAACAGAAAGCACUGAAUGCCCCAAAAAAGGCUGUUAAAAAAUUGAUCUCGCAAUCGGUAGCAAAAUCACCGGCGCAAAAACCGUCUACAAAAAAAAACCUGGCCACAAAACAACCGUUAAUCAAAAUUCAAAAGCCUCACUCUAAUAAGAAGUCUCCAGGGGUGAGAAAUCCAAAUUCCACCACCGUGAAUAAAGUUGAAACGAAGAGGAUAAAACCAGCGAAACGUGUUGUAAAAGCAAUUCCGAUGAUUGUUACAUUGCCGAGAGAUACAACGUCACACCAGGAGGACAGAACGAAACUAACUAAUCCAACUGAAAAACAGCCAGUAAAGGUCAAGCGAGUGUUGAGGAAAAAACUUUUGUCAUCGUUGAAUGGGAAAACUACGAAACCCAAGAACGUUAGCUCGAUGGCUGUAGAGACCGUACUACCCAUCAGUAACAAUGCGAAACUGUUUCCGGCCAUGACCAAACAAAUAUGA